AUGGGUAACGCGGCGUCGCAUCACGAACCGUUGGACCGGGUCGGCAGCCACGCGGGCUCGACGUUUCGGCGUUCGUCCAGUGUUCGGCACAGCAAAUCCUCCAAGAGUGGUCGGUCGCCGUCUAAAAUGGACCGAUUACGGAGGAGUUUUCGAGACAGUUUCAGACGCCGUAAAGAUCUGGGAAAUACCGCCGGAUCGCCAGGCCAUCAUUCUAAUCCUAAGCCUCAUUUGUGGGCCAUGGACGAGGCUGAAGUCCGAGCUGGGAUAUGUUCCUUCCAUGUUAAGUAUUUGGGCUGUGUCGAAGUCUUUGAAUCAAGAGGAAUGGAAGUAUGCGAAGAAGCUUUAAAAACACUUAGGGCUUCACGCCGCAGACCAGUCAGAGCUAUAUUUUACAUAUCAGGAGAUGGACUGCGUGUCGUAGAAGAAGAAACAAAAGGUUUGAUAGUAGAUCAAACAAUUGAAAAAGUUUCGUUCUGUGCCCCAGACCGGAGUCAUGAAAAAGGAUUUUCAUACAUAUGUAGAGACGGACUGACUCGUCGAUGGAUGUGUCACGGUUUUGUAGCUCUAAAAGAAUCGGGUGACCGAUUAAGUCAUGCUGUUGGAUGUGCUUUUCAAGAAUGUCUGAUAAGAAAAAAUAAACGAGAAGAAGAUUGUUCUGUUACAAUGAACUAUGAUCCAAAAACAUCAGUUUUUACUAGAACUGGCAGUUUUAGAACUCCAUCUUUAACUGAACAACAAUCUGAACCUAAUAUUCCGCUCAAUGCACCACCACAACCUCCCCCUUUUCUUCAGUUAAAUAAAGAUAUACCAACAACAGUAAAACCAUUGCAACAAAACCCUACAACACCAAAAGUUAGCACCAAUGCGAUUGAAAGACCGCAUGCAACACUGUCAAUGUUACAACGACAAGGAUCAUUUCGUGGGUUUACACAACUUAAUCAAGCAUCUCCAUUCAAAAGGCAGUUGUCACUUCGAAUAUCUGAAUUACCUUCUAAUUUGGAGAGAACGAGGUCAAUGAGUCUACAACCAACAGCAAAUUCCCGUACAUCUAAUAAACUUUUACAAAUGAAUACUCCAGUGAGUCCUAUACUUGAAGCUUCUCCUCGAAGUGAAAAACCAAUGUCAACAACAGAUCAAGUAACAGCUAUGUGUCAACAAAUGUCAUUAGAAUUGGCGUUUCUUACAAAUAGUACAGCCAAUGACGAUUUCUCUGAGAAAUUUAAAUCAAACGAUCCAACAAGUAUAGAAAACAAUUCAAAACAAGGCCCGAUUACUGGAAGUGAAGCAUUUCUUGCCAGUAUAUCAAAAAAAUCCACAUUAUCUACAGAAACCCAAAGUAACCCCUCCACUCCAAAACCAGAGAGUCGUAUUAGCCCUCAACAGGACGAAGGCUUUGAUUCAGGUUCCAGUUUAUGGAAUAUUAACAACAAGGCAGUUACACCACCAACUCCACCCGCUACUCCUCCAUCGUCACUUCCAAGACCUGAACAGUGGUUAGGUAAAGUGGCAGCAGUUACAUUACAGUCAAUGGAUCCCCAGGUCACACCUAAAAGAAAUCCACAUUUAGUAACACACAGUCGUGCGUUUUCUUUAGACACUGCUGAAGAUGCUUAUCGCACAUUUAAUAAUAUUUCAGCCAAUCCAUUUGACCCUAAUUAUAUUGCCCCAAAACAAAAUACAAAUCCUUUUUUAAGUAGCCCAAUAUCAAAUAGCCAAAGUAAAACUGUCAAAACUUUUGAAGUUCAAAUGUGA